UGUGUGUGUGUAUUUGUGCAUCUUUCUUUACAGUAAAUGACACCUGCAUUGAUAUUGUGUUAUUUUUUUAAAGUGUAUAAAUACUUUUUAGCGCCAUGUGUGUAAAUAUAGUAUAUGCAAUUUAUAUACAAGUUAUUGUAGAAGAUAUCAACAUAAUACUGAAAAAUACUGUAGUAAAUAACAUUCACAUAUUAAAUAUGAGCAUUAUACAGUUCUUCAGAUGUUCACACUAACACUCUGGAGAUCAAAGGGACACGCGUGUCACUGGGCCACACCCCCUUAGACCAGCCCUCCCUGCUUAUUGGCAGUCAGGACAGGGUCACGCCCACUUAUCCAGCCCUCUCUGCUGAUUGGCUGAAAGGUCAGCAAUAAAAACCCCAAAUAAUGGGGCCACAGACACUUGCCGUCAUCUGAACGCAGGAGGAGGACAGACAGGCUGCGUUUACUCAGCUUCACCAUCCAUGUUUCUUCAGUAAGUUUUCAUGAAUCUCAGCUGGAGGGAAACCCCUUGUGGAUUUACAGCCAGAUCAGAACUGUCGAGAUGAUCAGAGUUCUGCUGGUUCUGCUGCUGCUGGGGUCCGUGGAGGGCAGGAGGGUUCGGGGUCAGCGGACUCAGAGCCGCCAGACGGACACGCCGGAGAGUUUUCCUCUGGAUUUCACAGCUGUGGAGGGAAACAUGGACAGUUUCAUGACUCAGGUGAAAAACUUGGCUCAAUCCCUCUAUCCCUGCUCAACUCAGAAACUGGACCAGGAGAUGAAGCUUCAGUUCUUGAGGAACUCGUCGGUCACCUGUAACGAUGGCUCACCUGCUGGUUACUACAUAAAGGAGUCCCGAGGCAGCCGGAGGUGGCUGAUGUUCCUGGAGGGUGGAUGGUACUGCUUCAGCAAACACACCUGCGACAGCAGAUACGAGACCAUGAGACGACUCAUGAGCUCCAGUAAAUGGCCUCCGACCAGGACAGGAACAGGGAUUCUGUCUCCUCAGCCGGAGGAAAAUCCACACUGGUGGAACGCAAACAGAGUGUUUGUGCCGUACUGCUCCAGUGACGUGUGGAGCGGAUCAUCAGCAAAGACAGACCAGAAUGAUUACGCGUUCAUGGGUUCUCAGAUCAUUCAGGAGGUCAUAAAGGAGCUCGUGACUAAAGGACUCGACAGUGCUAAAGUCCUGCUGCUGGCCGGGAGCAGCGCCGGCGGGACAGGCGUCCUGUUGAACGUGGACCGUGUGUCGGAGCUGCUGAAGGAUCUGGGUCACGGCUCUGUUCAGGUCCGUGGGCUGGCAGACUCAGGCUGGUUUCUGGAUAAUAAACAGUACCGCUGCAGCGACUGCAUCGACACCAUCAGCUGCGCGCCGACCGACGCCAUCAAGAGAGGAGUCCGGUACUGGCGCAGUGUGGUUCCAGAGCGCUGCAGUGAAGCCCAUGGUGGCGAGGACUGGAACUGCUUCUUCGGCUAUAAGGUUCAUCCAACACUGAAGAUGCCGGUGUUUGUGGUUCAGUGGCUGUUCGACGAGGCUCAGCUGACAGUUGAUAAUGUCCAUCUGACGGGUCAGCCGGUGCAGGAGAGCCAGUGGCGAUACAUCCAGAACCUGGGCAGCGAACUCAGAAACACCCUCAAAAACGUCCCGGCCAUGUUUGCUCCCGCCUGUUUGUCCCAUGAGAUCAUCACUAGAAGUUACUGGAUGGACAUCCACGUGAAAGGUACCUCGCUUCCACGAGCGCUCCAGUGCUGGGACCGCAGCCUCCGUAACCAUGGCAACGGCAGCAGCGUUCAGGCUCCGCCCAGGGGCUGCCCCCUGCACUUGAUUGACAGCUGUCCGUGGCCCCACUGCAACCCCACGUGCCCCACGAUCAGAGAGCAGCUGACGGGGCAGGAGAUGAGCGUCAUCCAGUUCCUCACACACCUGGGCUUCGACGUGCAGCGCAUGGCACAACAGCAGGGCAUGGAGCCCAACAAACUACUGGGCAUGCUCAGUAACGGCACCUGACACGGAGACCACACAAAGAGCCUCGUAAAGUGCAAUGCAUUUGACGACAUACUCAAGUCCUACUCAUGUUUUCUCAAAGGUCCGGCCCUGUUCGUGAUCAGUUAGGGUGUGCUUUUCUAUAGACUGAAUAAUAAGCAGUGCAGGAAAUGAACUUCUCCAUUAAGAGGCGAUAUUUGCCCUCUUAAAUUGACUUCCAGGGGCAUUUUGACCUUUAUGAGGGCAGCUUUUCUAACCUUUUUAAAUGUGUGCGUCCCUUUAACUGACGCUAUAGGCUGUUAUCAAAUGUAUUCAGUAUCGACUGUCACUAGGAUGUAUUUACAGAGUGCAUUUACGCUGCAGUUACAAUUGCAUCAAUAACGUUAUGAGAGUAAUGUAGAUUAAUGAAUACUGAAAUACAAAACGUUGAAAUUGUACUUUAAAUAUGAAACUGAAACCUGCCUGUAGGUGUCUUAAUGAGUGAGUCAUUGAUUCAUUCACUCAACCAAUUCAUUCGAAACAGCUGAUUCUUUCAGGAACGAAGCAAGUAACUUUCUUUAUGAAUGAGUCAUUGAAUCAUUGACUCAACCGAUUCGUUCAAAAACGCAGGAUCAUUCAGGAACCGAACAUGACCCUGGAACUAUUUUCGUUGGUGGAAUAGAGUAAAAACGGUCAAUAUUGACAAAAUUGUGUCUAAAAUGUAUAUCACUUUUAAUAUUAACUUAGCAGACUAUUUUUAAGUAAUUUAUUAAUUAUAUACCUUUUGAUAAAGUAUAAAAUAGUGACAGUAUUUCAUAUAGAAGUAUGGAAGCUUGUUUCCACCACUAAAUAAAAAAUAAAAAAGAUAAUUGUGACUUUUUAUCUCACAAUUUAGAUUUUUUUUUUCUUAGAAUUGCGAGAUUUAAAGUCAAAAUUAUGUGAUAUAAACUCGCAAUUGCGUCAGAAUUGCGAGAAACGUUUUCUUGCAUUUGCGAUUUUAUCACAAAUUCUGACUUUCUCACAAACUUUUGCGAGAUAUACUCACAAUUGCGUCUUAAAAAGUCAGAAUUGUGAGAUAUAAACUUACAAUUCUGACUUUUUUCUUAGAAUUGCAAGUUAUAUCUCGCAAUUCUGACUUUAUAAGACGCAAUUGUGAGUUUAUAUCUCAAUUCUGACUUUAUAACUCGCAAUUCUGACUUUAUAUCUCACAAUUCUGACUUUAUAACUCGCAGUUCUGACUUUAUAUUACAAUUCUGACUUUAUAACUACCAGUUCUGACUUUAUAUCACAAUUCUGACUUCAUAACUCACAAUUCUGACUUUAUAUCACAAUUCUGACUUUAUGACACACAAGUUUGAGUUUUUAUCUCACAAUUCUGAGAAAAAAAGUCAGAAUUGUGAGAUAAAAAGUCGCAAUUACCUUUUUUAUUUUUUAUUUUUAUGGUGGAAACAAGCUUCCAAUGGGCUUCAGUAAUUUCUAAAUGUCCUGCAUAAAAUCGGACAGAUGAUCAGCUGUGAUCAAUCCUGACAUGGACUGCAGAAUCUGAGGGUUGUAUUAGAGACGGAGCCGGUGUGUGAUAAAACAGCUGCCAUAUUCUCCAGAAUCAGGUUCACGUGAUGGUGAUGAACUCGACGGACGUUUCUCUCUUCCUCUGAGGAUGAUGGACGGGUCAAAGUCUCUCUGCGCUGCUGAUGCCUUCGGUUCAGCCCAUAAUAAUGAAGCACUUCUUCUUUAAGAACUUCAAAAACAAAUACUGGAAAUCUGGAUACCAAAAUCAACAGAUGGACAAACACACAAACACCUCAUACACAUGGACAUGUUUCAACUACACAUCUAUAAACUAAGCUGACUGGAUAUAUUAUCCAGCGAAGAUUACAGAAUCUCACAAAACCUGUCAAAAACAAGUUCUUCACCCACAAAUGUAAAAAAAAAACAAAAAAAAAACCAAACAGUAUGAAAUGAUUUCUUUUGAGAGGUCAAUGUGUGCAAACAAUAUCACAAUAAUAAUAAUGAUGAUAAAACAUAAUAGGCUUUUAAAUAGAAAUCAAACAUAAUUACUUAUAUAUUUUUUCUUUUUUGAUUUUGGGAUGAAAUGUUCUUGACAGGUUUCCUGACAUUCAACUUCAGACUUUAUUUUGUGAUUUGUAGAAUAUGUUCAAACAGAAGACAAACUUAAGCUACAUUGUAUUGUUAUUUAUUUUAUGUAAAUCAUAUUUAUGAGUGAUUUUGAAAAAAAAUAUUUUGUGUAAAGUGUACAUACCUGUGUAAUGUUGCAGUUUCGUUUGCAUGCCUUCAUAAAAAAUAUUAAUUCUUAUUA